CAGCAUUCCAGGACUAUCUCACUCACCUUCUGCAGCACUUGCCUUUUCCCCAAUAUCUCAAAGAGGUUAAUGAGUCUAAAUGGCCAUGUGUAUUUCCUCGAGGACUUAAAGCGCACCUGAUUACCAUAUUCUUACCUUACGCUGAUUCAGGAAGAAUACUCUGCUGUAUAAAUGGGAAGGUCACCCUUAACAAAGGUGUCCUAUAAACAAUCUUGCCAUCUACAACAUGCUGGGAACUCUCUUCUGUCACUGGGGCACAUUGCAAAGUUAAUCGUGCGCUUAUAUAACUCGCCCCAAGGUAAACGGAAUUAACGUUAAACCUUUAAAAGCGAGUUUACUCCCGACGCCAAAAAGGAGAAGUUGAAAUCGACAGAGGGAACCACCUCGAUUUCGUCACGCUAUAAUGCAAUAUGUACUUUUAUAAGCCUGUCCUCAUGUUCCUUGUUUUAUUACCGUUCCGUGAAUUCCAGAUCAUGAAUCAGUCCAACUCCUCCACCUCCGCUACCCCCGGAGUUAGCGCCUCUACCGUGACCGCAAGUGCGGUGGCAGGGAUAUGUUGCCUGGUGGGAAUUAGCGGCAACCUGGCAGUGAUCGUGGUGGUGGCUCGCAAGCUGAAGAACAGGGAUUCCAACUUCACCCUGAAGCUGAUUCUGAACCUGGCCGUGGCCGACAUCCUGUCCCUCUGCACGCUGCCCGUAUGGGUGCACAGCUGGCUGCGUGGCUGGCAGUUCGGGAUCGAAGCCUGCAGGUUCUUCUCGUACGUGAUCAUCGGCAGCCUGUACUGCAGCGUGUGGACCGUGACUCUGAUGAGCGUGCAGCGCUACCUGGCUGUGCUGUACCCCAGACAGUGGCUGAAACUGCGUGGAGUUGGCGAAAAGCUGGUGCUCUCUGGCCUGUGGGCGCUGGCAGCGAUUUUGGCCUCGCCGGGCAUCGUUCUGUCAGACGUGGUCGGGGAGGAGAAGAAGUGUCGGUGGAAAUACAUCUCGUCCGGGCAGAAAGCGGGCACCUUGCUCAUGGAGACGUUGUGGGGGUUCGUCAUCCCGUUCGCCAUCCUUGUCUCCUCUUACUGCUGCCUUCAUACGAAGGUAAACAGAAGCGUCUUCUUCAGCAGCCAAAGACUCACCACCCUCGUGACGAGCAUCGUGGUCACGUUCUUCAUCUUCUGGAGCCCCGUUCAUGUCGUCAACAUCUUGGGCGUCACGGCUGCUUUGCUCGAACACAAAGCCCUCGACGCCAUCUGCGAGACCAGCUGGGGCAUCACUCAAGCUCUCACGUUCAUUAAUUGCUGCAUCAACCCUUUCCUGUACGCCUUCGCCUUCAGGAAACGCAAGCAGGAGACGGAACAUUCUGGGCUAACGCAAGAGAGCAAAAUCUGAUUUCGCCAAGAUUAGCCAUUUGUACAAUAAGGCUCUUUGAUCCAUAACAGAAAUAACAUGUUCACCAGUGAAAUGAGAAAUUUGGUUAAUAUUAAUAUAUAGAUUAAUUGUAUUUUAUGUAGUUUUUGUGAGUCUUUUUGAUUUUUUUCUAAUAUUGUAAAGUAUUUCUAAGUUUUAUUUUGUAUUCUGCUCUUGUCAAAGCAGGACUUACAGCGUAACAACGGUACAUUCUGACAACGUAAUGUAAGAUACAAAGUGUUCUUAAGCUGAGUGUAAAGCUGUUACGUCACUCUGAAGUCCCAAAGGUUGAGUAACUGUUCCCGGAAGCGUGUCAGUGAAUAUUGUGAUGGAAGGAAGCGUUGUGACGUUUUUCUGUAAUGUUGUCAUUUCCACCCCCCCUGUUCAAUCUCAGGAAUGGGAUAACAUGAAAAUCCUGACCGUGGUUUCUUGAAUUUUAUUAAUAUAAACCAAUUAAAUGUUGGUUUCAGGGCAUGAAAAUGUAUGUAUGCUGGCCAUGCUGGGUGUUGUUCUCCAUGCGUGGUUUUAGGGUGGUGGGCGGACUGGGUCCUUGUGUGCAGCUGUUGAAAACUGCGCAUAUGAUAGGGUAUAACAUAUUUUCCUGUGUAUCGUGAAUGAAUGUUCAUUAAAUAAUUUCUGAGAUGGAAUACAUCCAUAGCAUAUAUCCUC